AUGCGUCCUGACGGCCCAACGAUGGCGACGCCUGCGGAGUCCCUGAGGAAGCGGAGGCGCGGGGACGCGGAUAACGGGCCGGACUCUCCGUCCCCGCCGGCGCGUGAGCCCGCGGGCUGCCUCCGCGCCGGCACCUUCUGGCUGACCAGAGUCGUGCUCCUGAGGGCCCUAGCUUUCGUUUACUGUGUGGCAUUCCUGGUGGCUUUUCAGCAGAACAAGCAGCUGAUUGGGGACCGGGGGCUGCUUCCCUGCAGACUGUACCUGCAGAGAGUCCAGCAGCACUUCAAGGGCCGGCUCGGCUGGGACGCGCUGAGUACCACGCCCACCCUCCUCUGGUUCAUGGACUGGUCGCACAUGGACACCAAUCUGGACCUCCUGGCCUUGGCCGGCUUGGGCCUCUCAUCCUUCAUCCUGGUGGCCGGCUGUGCCAACAUGGUCCUCAUGGCCACCCUCUGGGCCCUCUACUUAUCCCUGGUCAACGUGGGACAGAUCUGGUACGCCUUUGGCUGGGAGUCCCAGCUCCUGGAGACAGGGUUCCUGGGGAUCUUCCUGUGUCCACUGUGGACGCUGUCCCGCUUGCCCCGCCACACGCCCGUGUCCCGCAUCGUCAUCUGGGGGUUCCAGUGGCUCAUCUUCAGAAUCAUGCUUGGAGCAGGACUAAUCAAGGUCCGGGGUGACCAGUGCUGGCGAGACCUGACCUGCAUGGACUACCACUAUGAGACCCAGCCCGUGCCCAACCCCAUGGCCUACUAUCUGCACCGCUCACCCUGGUGGGUGCACCGCGUGGAGACUUUCGGCAACCACGUCAUCGAGCUCCUGGUGCCCUUCUUCCUGGUCCUGGGGCGGCGCCUCUGCCUGCUCCAUGGCCUGCUGCAGGGCCUCUUCCAGGUCAGUGCGCCCCGAGCCACGCUGGGUCCCCAUGCCAUGUUUGUGUGUCUGAUGCAUGUCCGUGUGUCUGAGGAUUUGCGUGCUGUGUUCGUGACGCACUGGCCAGCCUCUCCCCUCCCCUCCACACAGACCUACGAGGAGCAUGAGUGGGUCAUCCACCUGGCCGGCAAGCUGCUGACCAACGAUGCCCAGGCCCUGUCCCUGCUGGCCCACAACCCGUUCGAGGGCAGAGCACCCCCAAGGUGGGUCCGCGCCGAGCAUUACCGCUACAAGUUCAGCCGCCCCGGGGGCCUGCACGCCAACCAGGGUGAGUGGUGGGUCCGCAAGAGGAUCGGCCCCUACUUUCCCCCUCUCAGCCUCAGGGACCUGAAGGGCUACUUUGAGGCCAGGGAGUGGCCACACCCAGAGCUCGCUUAGGGGACUGCACCGACAAGACCACGGCGAAGCGGCUGGGCUGGGGCGAGUGACCCGACAUGGACCCCGCCUGCCUUACUCUACUUGUUUCUAAUAAAGUGAACUGAGGAGGGCACCACGGGGUGUCCCCCAGCUCUGCCCCCA